UGCCCUCAGGUGACAUGCUCCCAUCCUGUUCAGGGUGAAUGUUGUCUGGAGUGCACGAUGUGCUAUUUCAACAGCAGAACCUAUUCCAGGGGACACAGAUUCCCUCACCCCACUGACCGCUGUCAAAACUGUGAGUGUCUAGAUGGCAACGUCACAUGUUCACAAAGAGCUUGUCCCAGUCCCGACUCAUGCACACAUCCCGUCUCCAUCCCCGGAGAGUGCUGUCCUGUAUGUGGUCAAGACUGCAUGUACCAAGGGCAGGUCAUUAAGAAUGGAAACAGUUUACAGUAUCACUGCCAAGUGAGACAGCUCAUCUACAUUUACUAUGACUUUAAACCAUUUUCUUUAGAAAUGUAUAAUCAUCCUGCAUGGUCUUUCUUUUUUAGUGAUUAUAAAAGGCCUGCAUAAAAAUGCAAAAGCCUGAAAUCUACUUUUUGCUUUCUUUUGGACACUAAGCAAAUUCCAAGUUUUUAGGAGUUAUUAAAAGUUUGUUAAAUUCACUCAUUUAAGCUCUAUCUUAAAGACUUGUGUCCCUAUUCCCUUUUUUGUGUAUAUUGUGUUAAAAUUGUUGUACCAGAAAGUAAAUCUAAGUGGAGUGGUAUUUAAUUUGACACAAUUCCAAAUCUUAUUUUGGGUGUUAAUUAUUAAUUCCAAAUAGAUACUCUCUACAUCCCAUUUAAAUCUUUUUAGAAAUUCUUAUUUUUAAUGUCUUGUAAAUUGAAAUUUCUACGCUAUUAAUUUCUAAUUUCAAAAUUUAAAAACAUCUCUUUGGAGGAACUACAGAUUCAAUACAGAAUCUUAUUAUUGUGUUUUUUUUUAACAAGUUUAUCAUUGUCACUGAGGUUUAACUAACAUACCCUCUUUAUACCAAAGGACUGUCAGUGUGUAGGAGGAAGUGUAAAUUGCUCUCCAAAGCAAUGCCCACUAGCUGACUGCCCCACCCCUGUCAUGGAAAACUGUUGUCCUAAGUGUAUUGAAUGUAUGUCUGAUGGCAUCAGAUACAGUGAUGGACAAGUCUUCCCUCAUCCCAAGGAUGCGUGUUCGCAGUGUAUAUGUGUGGUGAGUUUCAUAUUCAUUGUCUUCAUGUGUUGAGUUUACCAGGUGUGUAAGUAAGGGAAUUUCAUGUUCUUAGUGUAUGGAUAAAAGUAUGUUGCAUAAGAUUUUACAAGCUCAACAAAAUCCUGGACUUCCAAUUGAGGGUAAAAAAUAAUGAUCCGAACAUGUAUGUUAUAAAAUUACUUUUGCUUAUAGCACACAAUCAAGACUGUUAGAUGUAAUUUUGUCUUUAAAAACAGUUAAAAAUAAUUAGGAAACAUUAUGUACAAUGAAUUGUUAUGUGUUUUUCCCAACAAUGUAUAAAAAAUAGUCAUUAUUGCAUAAGUUUAAAUUAUUUCUUUUUUUACGAAAGCGUGGGUCAGUUGAAUGCAGCAGACAACCCUGUAAAGCUGUUGAUUGUUCACAUCCCAGUAGAGGGGAAUGUUGCCCAGAAUGUGAUGCAUGUAACUUUGCUGGACGCACUUUGGCUAAUGCUCAGCAUUUCUUGAACCCCUCGGACUCAUGCCAUGACUGUGUCUGUCAAGUAAGUCUUGCAACUCAAAUGUAUGCUAUGACUCAGUCUUUCAAGUAAGUCUUGCACCUCAAAUUUAUGCUGUGUCUGUCAAGUAAUUCUUUUUACCUUAGACUCAUGCUAUGAAUGAGUCAGUCAAGUAAGUUUUGCACCUCAAACUUAUUCUAUCAUUUUCUCUGUAAGGAAAGUUUUUUACCAAAGAAGUAUGCUGUCUUGAGACAUUUUUUUGGCCAUUGUUAUUGUUUCUAGAUAAAAAUAUCAAGUAUAUCCUCUCCUGCCAUCUUGACCGAGGCCAGGAUUCCUUAACCCUUUUAGUUCAAGGAUCCCUUUUGCAUAUUUAAUGAAAAUCAUGGAUCCCUUCUUACAAUAAAGUAUCUAAGUGCUAAAAUAAAAUUACAAAGGAAAAGCAGCUCAGACUCCUUGACACCUCAUGACAGACUCCAAGGGGUCAGUUGACAACAGGUUAAGAACUGCUGCCCUAGGGAAUUAUGUUUGUGCAUGGCAGUAAAUGGACAGAAGCUCAUAACUCCGUCUGCUAAUCAGAAUGUUUGAUUAAUGGGAGGGUCACUGUUUUUUUAAUAGAAAAUGUAAUCUUUUGCACACCAAUAUUGUUUUUAUCGCUGUACUUAAAUUCUGAGUGAUAUUUAUUUUUUUUUAAAUGUAUAAUUUUUAAAUUUUUUUUUCAAUCCCAAGAAUGGAAAUGUGACAUGUUGGAAAAGGCAUUGCUCACCAGUGUCAUGUCACAACCCAGUUACUGAUAACUGUGACUGCCCAGUCUGUACUGCAUGCAAUUUUGAAGGGAGACAAGUUCCCAAUGGACUUUCUUUCCAAAGUUCAGAUGCCUGUGAAGAUUGCAUAUGCUCGGUAAUUAAUUACAAAUAAAAAUUUCAAAUAUAGUUAAGUCUAAUUUUGUAAAAAAAAAUUUAAGUGCUUUAAAGAUGGAAUAAAUUAUGUACUGAGUUUGAAAAAAAAAUCAUGUAAGUUUGCUCUCAAUGCAGAACACAUGACAAUUCAAUUGAAUUAAUUUAAGACUUAUUUGUAAUUCAUCCUCUUUUUGGAUUGACUCUCAUUGACAGAGUGGCACUGUUACUUGUCACAAACGUUUGUGUGGUGAAAGCUGUACUCAUCCAGCAGAUGUACAGCGCUGUUGCCCUCAGUGUGACAACUGUCUAUACGGUGGUCAGUUCAGGAUUAAUGGUCAGAUGUUUGUGCCACAAGGUGAACCAUGUAACAAAUGUCAGUGUGAGGUAAGAAUAGAACUUUUUUCCUUUGAAUGUUUAAAUAAUUUCAUUGAUGAAAUUUGUGAAGAAUGACAUUUUGAUGUUCUAAUUCUGAAUGAAAUGCUCACUGCAGACUGAUAUUAUAAAAUGCAUGAUAGUAAUAUAGACUAUUUUAAAAUGUAUUAUAGAAAUACAGACUGAAAUUAUAAAAUGCAUGAUAGUAAUACAGACUGAUAUUUUAAAAUGUAUGACAGUAUAGUGAUUUUAUUUUCAUUUAUGAAAUUUGUUUGCCAGUUCGGUUCCGUUACAUGUCAGAGCUUACCAUGUCCUCCGCUGGCAUGUCCAAAAGCUGUACAGAAAGAAGGAGACUGCUGUCCUUCCUGUCCUGGUAACUAUGCAACCUUAUAUUAUGUCCUUGUGACGCAUUUAGAAAAGACCACAAAAAAUUAUUAAAUAAAAUCUACAUUGCAAAUGAACACAAAAAUCAUUUUAAAUUUAUCACUAUUUCAGAAAGUUUUCUUACAUUUAUUUACUUAAAAUGUUAUUCCUGAAUAAUACUUCCUGACUUAACAAUUCAUAUUCGUUGUCUAAUAGUUUGUCAGUAUCUUGGCAAAACUUACAGGGAUAAUGAAAGAUUUCCACAUCCUGAAGACUUGUGUCUGGCAUGUACAUGUAAGGUAAGGUAUCAAUUGUAAAAUCAUCAAAUAUGAAUAUUGAUAUUUCUAUAAUCGUUAUUAUCUAUAAAUCAUUUUAUUAUCAGAAUCCUUAAAUAUGAUGAAACAGUUCUUUAUUUUGGAACUGUGACCUUGGCCUUGUUGCAUCAAGUUAUAACACAAGUUUAAGUUUUGGAAUACAAUUAUCAGUGCUGCCAGCCUGGAAUCUUACAUUAUAUUUUUAUUAAUUUUUUUAUUUAUAAAACUUUCAUUGUUCCAGCUGUUUUUUUACCUCUAUAUUUAGUAAGACUACUUAAACACACCAAUAAAUAGACAUUAAUACCUUGGACGCUGUUGAUAUAUAUCUUUACCUUCACAAAUUUUAUUGUAGUCUGGCAUGGUUGAUUGUGAAAAUCGGAGGUGUAUGGUAACAUGCUUGCAUCCUCGCCCAGAUACUUGCUGCCCAUCUUGUGAUUCAUGUUAUUAUCAAAAUAUUCUAUAUAAAAAUGGGGCCAGAUUUUACCCAGAUCCCUGCAAAUCGUGUACAUGUGAAGUAAGAUAUAUUUUGUAA